AUGGGCUGCGCGUCGUCCUCUGCAAUCCCAAAGCUGCCGGAAGUGCAGCAGCUCGCCCCCGUUGAAGCUGAGCUCUGUGCCCAAGCCAUGACGACGCUCCGCCUGCGCGACCGGUUCUGGGAUUUCCCGAGCGACGAAGACUUCGUGAUCUGCGACGCCGAAUGGGGCGCCGACGUCUUCCGCAUCCAGCGCUCGACGUCCGCCAUGAAGACGCUGCGCGACCCUCGCCGCAAGCCUCUAGCCCACAUCAAGCGCGAGCUCGUGGCCCCCGUGCCCACCUACAACGUGUUCGACGCCAAGGCGUCGGCAGCCAAGCUCUUCUCCAUCAAGGCCCUGCCGGAACUCAACGUGGAGUUCCUGAGCCCGACUUCGGGAGAAAAGUGCCGCAUCGGGAUGGCUGGGAGCUGGGCUAAGCGUCAGGCCUCCAUCUGGAUGGAGCACGGCCGCAAGGGCUCUCGAACGACCAUCGGCCGCAUCUUCCGUCCGUCCAGCAGCCGAAGCUCAGCGGGCACCAUGCGCAGCUCCUCCUUGUCCAGUGGCCAGCCGGACGACGAAUACUUCCUCGCCAUCGUGGGCGGCGUCGACAUGGGGCUGAUGGUUCUCAUCUGCAUCGCGCUCGAGCAGGCUGAAGACGACGAGUGGUAAGGUUGCGAGGAGUCAAACGGGAACAAGCCCACAGGAGGGUCGGCUGGCGCUCCCCUUGCUCGCUCGCACAGACUGUAGUCGGUCACCCAGCUCAUCAUUGCCAGGAUCUGCUCUCUGUAGCGAGAUGCAGGAAAGUUAGUAUUUAUCGAGCCUCACGAACAGCGGCGAUAGCUAGGAAACCUUGAAUCCAACUUUGUUGCUCCUUUCAC